GCUGUCACUGACUAUAUGUAUGAAUUGAAAGGCAAAGGACGCUGGGUGCAUUGGAAUGAAGCCAUUAAAAGCAUUAAAUAUAGUGAUGAUAAAAAUGUUAAGAUUCAAGACCUCAUAGUCCCAACGAUGGAUACAGUCAGAUAUACCUAUCUGAUGAACUUAUGCAUUGCCCAUGGAAAACCCUUGCUUUUUGUGGGACCAACAGGUACUGGGAAGUCUGUAUAUGUGAAGGAUAAGUUAAUGAACAACUUGGAAAAGGAAAGAUACUUUCCAUUCUUCAUUAAUUUUUCAGCACGGACCAGUGCCAAUCAGAUCCAGAACAUUAUUAUGGCGAGACUGGACAAAAGACGCAAAGGAGUAUUUGGCCCUCCAAUGGGAAAGAAGUGUGUCAUCUUUGUAGAUGAUAUGAAUAUGCCUGCAUUGGAGAAAUAUGGAGCUCAGCCUCCUAUUGAACUUUUAAGACAGUUUUUUGACCAUGGAAUUUGGUAUGACUUAAAGGACACAAAUAAAAUUACACUGGUUGACAUACAGUUGAUAGCUGCUAUGGGACCUCCAGGAGGUGGGAGGAAUCCUGUUACGUCUCGUUUUCUGCGACACUUCAACAUUUGCACCAUUAAUUCCUUUAGUGAUGAAACUAUGGUCCGUAUCUUCUCUACCAUAGUAGCUUUCUACCUUAGGAAUAACGAAUUUGCUCCUGAGUUCUUCACAAUUGGAAACCAAAUUGUCAGUGGCACUAUGGAGGUAUAUAAGAAAGCCAUGAAAAACCUGCUGCCAACACCAGCCAAAUCACAUUACACAUUCAACCUGCGUGACUUUUCACGUGUUGUCCAAGGCUGCUUACUUAUUAAAAAAGACUCAGUUGAAAGCAAGCAUACGAUGAUUCGUCUGUUUGUGCAUGAAGUAUUUCGAGUAUUUUAUGACCGCCUUGUGGAUGACACUGAUAGAGCCUGGUUGUUCAGAAUAAUGAGAGACAUAGUGAAAGACCAUUUCAAAGAAGCGUUUGACAUUGUUUUUGCACAUCUAAGGCAAGGGAAUGCACCUGUAACUGAAGAAGACAUGAGAAGUUUGGUAUUUGGUGAUUACAUGAACCCUGACCUUGAAGGAGAUGAAAGACUUUAUAUUGAAAUUCCAAGUGUUCAACAGUUCAGUGAUGUUGUGGAGCAGUGCUUGGAAGAAUAUAACCAAACUCACAAAACAAGAAUGAACCUUGUAAUUUUCAGGUAUGUGUUGGAACAUUUGUCUCGGAUAAGUCGUAUUCUGAAGCAGUCAGGUGGCAACGCCUUACUGGUUGGAAUGGGAGGGAGUGGACGUCAGUCUUUGACCCGUCUGGCUACAGCCAUGGCAAAAAUGUAUGUUUUUCAGCCAGAGAUCUCUAAGAGCUAUGGUAUGAAUGAGUGGAGAGAGGAUCUUAAGAACCUUCUGAAGAGUGCAGGCAUGAAGGGCUUGAAAACUGUGUUUAUAAUCACAGACACACAGAUUAAAGAAGAAGCUUUCUUGGAAGAUAUUGACAGUGUUCUCAAUACUGGAGAAGUACCCAAUCUUUUUGCAGCAGAUGAAAAACAAGACAUUAUGGAGGGUAUUCGUGCAAUAGCUCAAGCUGGCAGUAAACAUGAUGAACUCAGUCCCCUGGCCUUGUUUGCCUACUUUGUGAACCGCUGCAAAGAAAAUCUCCACGUUGUGGUAGCAUUCAGCCCAAUUGGAGAUGCUUUCCGCAAUCGUCUGAGACAAUUCCCUUCUCUCAUCAACUGUUGUACUAUUGACUGGUUCCAGCCAUGGCCUGAAGAUGCCCUUGAACGUGUGGCUAAUAAAUUCUUAGAAACACUUCAGCUCACAGACAACGAACGGCAAGAAGUGGUGCCCAUCUGUAAACACUUUCAUACUUCUGUUUUGUCACUCUCUGAAAAAUUCUUGGAAACCCUGAGACGACAUAAUUAUGUAACUCCCACUUCUUAUCUUGAACUUAUUGCUGCCUUCCAGCAACUUUUAACUCAAAAACGGGAUACUGUGAUGAAAGCCAAAAAGGGCUAUACUAAUGGACUAGAUAAACUAGCUUUUGCUGAAUCUCAGGUUGGUGAAAUGAAGCAAGAACUAGUUGAUCUGCAACCCAAACUGGAGACGGCUAAAGUGGAUAAUGCAAAUAUGAUGAAGAUUAUAGAGAAGGAGUCUGCAGAAGUGGAAGCAAAAAGUAAAACUGUGAAAAUAGAUGAAGAGAUUGCUACAGAAAAAGCAGCAGAAGCCCAGGAACUGAAAAAUGAGUGUGAGAGUGACCUGGCAGAGGCAAUUCCAGCGCUAGAGGCAGCACUUUCUGCACUUGACACACUUAAGCCUGCUGAUAUAACAAUUGUGAAAUCAAUGAAGAAUCCUCCAUCUGGUGUCAAACUAGUUAUGGCUGCCAUCUGUGUUAUGAAAGAUAUAAAACCUGAAAGAAUUACAGAUCCUACGGGGAUUGGAGGCAAGGUCUUGGAUUACUGGGGGCCUAGCAAGAAAGUUCUGGGUGACAUGAAUUUCUUAAAGGAUCUUAGAGAAUAUGACAAAGAUAACAUUCCAGUGACUGUCAUGCAGAAGAUUCGUUCUGAAUAUCUGACUAAUCCUGAGUUUGAUCCACCUAAGGUGGCUAAAGCAUCCUCCGCAGCUGAGGGUUUGUGUAAAUGGAUUAUGGCUAUGGAAGUGUAUGACAGAGUUGCUAAGGUGGUUGCUCCCAAGAAGGCUCGUCUAGGCGAGGCCCAGCAGUCCUUAGCAGAAACUAUGGCAUUACUGAAUCAGAAGAGAGCUGAACUUGCAGCAGUCGAGAAUCAUUUGGCAAAAUUGCAACAAACCUUUGUUGAGAAAACUGAAGAAAAGGCUCGUCUAGAAUUCCAGGUGGAUCUGUGUGCUAAGAAACUAGAAAGAGCAGAGAAGCUGAUUGGAGGACUGGGUGGAGAAAAAUCAAGAUGGUGUAAUGCUGCAAAUGAUCUUCAAAAUAGAUAUGAUAAUUUAACAGGAGAUGUUCUGAUAUCAGCUGGAGUGAUAGCUUAUCUGGGUGCUUUCACUAGUGCCUUUCGACAAGCGUGUACUAAAGACUGGAGCAAGUUGUGCAAGGACAAAAAUAUCCCUUGUUCUGAGAACUUCUCCUUGAGUAAGACCCUUGGUGACGCAAUAAAAAUCAGAGCCUGGAAUAUUGCGGGAUUACCAACAGACAACUUUUCAGUCGAUAAUGGUGUGAUUGUUGACAACUCCAGGCGUUGGCCAUUAAUGAUUGAUCCCCAGGGUCAAGCCAAUAAAUGGAUAAAGAACUCAGAGAAAGAAAACCAGUUGAGUGUUAUCAAGUUCACUGAUACAGACUACAUGAGAACUUUGGAGAACUGCAUUCAAUUUGGGACUCCACUUCUGCUAGAAAAUGUUGGGGAAGAACUAGACCCAUCACUGGAACCCCUGCUGCUUAGACAAACCUUUAAACAAGGGGGCAUGGACUGCAUCCGGCUUGGUGAGACAGUUAUUGAGUAUUCCAGUGAUUUCAAAUUUUUUAUUACAACAAAACUAAGAAAUCCACAUUAUAUGCCUGAACUGGCUACAAAAGUUUCUUUACUCAACUUUAUGAUAACACCAGAGGGACUUGAAGACCAGCUGCUAGGUAUUGUUGUUGCAAAAGAGAGACCAGAAUUAGAAGAGGAGAGGAAUGCUCUCAUCCUUCAGUCCGCAGCCAAUAAAAAACAGCUAAAGGAAAUUGAGAAGAGAAUUUUAGAAACCUUACAGUCUUCUGAAGGGAACAUUCUGGAAGAUGAAAGUGCUAUCAUGAUCUUGGACUCUGCUAAAAUAAUGUCUAAUGAGAUCACCAAAAAACAACAGGUUGCUGAGAAAACAGAAAUAAAAAUAGCAGAAUCUCGAGAAGGCUAUAGACCAAUUGCAAAGCAUUCAUCGGUGCUCUUCUUUAGUAUUGCAGACCUAGCUAACAUCGACCCCAUGUACCAGUACUCUCUCAGUUGGUUUGUCAAUCUCUAUAUCAACUCUAUUCAUGACAGUAACAAAUCCAAAAUUUUGGAGAAGCGUCUUCGAUACCUAAACGACCACUUCACAUACAACCUAUAUUGCAACGUAUGUCGCUCAUUGUUUGAGAAGGAUAAGCUGCUGUUUUCCUUUUUACUUUGCUGCAAUCUUCUCAUGAAUAGGAAAGAGAUAGAACAACAGGAAUUUAUGUUCCUAUUAACUGGAGGAGUGGGUCUCAAGAACAAAUACAAGAAUCCAGAUCCAUCUUGGCUACAAGAUAAGAGCUGGGAUGAACUAUGUCGUGCAAGUGAUUUCUCAGCUUUUAGAGGACUGAGGAGUCAUAUUUCUGAAAAUGCAAGUGAGUGGCGUAAAAUCUAUGACAGCAAAGAGCCACACAAUGUUCCUUUACCAAAACCAUGGGAUAAAACAUUGAAUGAACUACAAAAGAUGAUCAUUCUUCGGUGCCUAAGAUCAGACAAGAUUAGUCCGGCAAUAACAAUCUUUGUAACUGACAAACUGGGGAAGAAGUUUGUAGAGCCGCCACCAUUUGAUCUAACAAAAAGUUACUUAGAUUCAAAUUCAACAAUCCCACUAAUCUUUGUGCUGUCUCCAGGAGCUGAUCCCAUGUCUAGUCUCUUGAAAUUUGCAAAUGACAAAAACAUGGUUGGAAAUAAGUUUCAAGCCAUCUCGCUGGGACAGGGACAAGGACCUAUAGCUUCAAAAAUGAUUAGAGAAGGAAUGGAAGAAGGGACCUGGGUUUGUUUACAGAAUUGUCAUCUUGCUGUCUCCUGGAUGCCGAUGCUAGAGAAAAUCUGUGAAGAAUUUAAUAAUGACACCUGCCAUCCAUUCUUCAGACUUUGGCUUACCAGUUAUCCAUCACCCAAGUUUCCCGUAACCAUUCUGCAGAAUGGAGUAAAGAUGACAAAUGAAUCACCUACAGGUCUCCGGUUAAAUCUACUUCAGUCUUAUCUCUCAGAUCCUGUUUCUGAUCCCGUCUUCUUCUCUGGGUGCCCUGGAAAGGAGCAGACAUGGGAAAAACUGCUCUUUGGAGUUUGCUUUUUUCAUGCUCUUGUUCAGGAAAGAAAGAAGUUUGGCCCUCUUGGUUGGAAUAUCCCAUAUGGAUUUAAUGAAUCAGACUUGCGAAUCAGUAUCAGACAACUGCAGUUGUUCAUAAAUGAAUAUGACCAUGUUCCGUUUGAGGCUAUAUCUUACCUUACGGGUGAAUGUAACUAUGGAGGACGAGUGACAGAUGAUUGGGACAGACGUUUACUAAUGACUAUGCUGGAUGAUUUUUAUAAUCCAGAGAUAAUUGAAAACCCACGGUUCUCCUUUUCUCCCAGUGGCAACUACUAUGCACCACCAAAAGGCACCUAUGAGGACUACAUUGAAUUUAUUAAGAAUCUUCCAUUUAGUCAACAGCCAGAGGUGUUUGGGUUGCAUGAAAAUGUGGAUAUUUCAAAGGAUCUCCAGCAAACAAAAGUCCUCUUUGAAUCUCUGAUACUAACACAAGGAGGAGGCACACAGGGAGGCUCCUCAGGAGGUGGUGACAGCACUCUGUAUGAAAUUGCUGAUGAUAUUCUCAUUAAGCUUCCAAAUGAUUUUGACAUUGAAACUUCUCUACAUAAGUAUCCUGUGAGAUAUGAGGAAAGUAUGAACACCGUGUUGGUGCAAGAAAUGGAGAGGUUUAACAAUUUACUCCGAACUAUACGUAUUACCUUAAUAAAUCUGAAAAAGGCCAUUAAAGGACUGGUCGUUAUGGAUUCUGAGCUGGAGGCCCUGAGUGGCAGUCUGCUUGUUGGAAAAGUUGCAGAGAACUGGGCUAACCGUUCAUACCCGAGUCUUAAACCGUUGGGGAGCUAUAUCCUAGAUUUUCUAGCGAGGCUGAAAUUCUUGCAGGACUGGUAUGAGUUAGGAAAGCCCAGUGUGUUUUGGCUAUCAGGAUUCUAUUUUACUCAAGCUUUUUUAACUGGAGCCAUGCAGAACUAUGCCAGGAAGUACACCAUUCCCAUUGACCUGCUGGGAUAUGAAUUUCAGGUUAUUCCUAAGGAUACAUCUGAUAGUGCACCAGAAGAUGGUGUUUAUAUCCAUGGAUUAUUUUUAGAUGGAGCUCGCUGGGACAGGACCAAGGGAAUAUUAGCUGAACAGCAUCCCAAGUUGCUCUUUGACCUGAUGCCAAUCAUUUGGAUAAAACCAACUAAAAAAUCAGACAUAAAGAAAUCCAAUGCCUAUAUUUGUCCGCUCUACAAGACAAGUGAGCGUAAGGGAAUCUUAUCCACUACUGGACAUUCUACUAAUUUUGUCAUUGCGCUAUUGCUAGAGACUGAUAAACCAGUACAGCACUGGAUCAAGCGAGGUGUUGCUCUGCUCUGCCAGCUAGAUGACUAACCCUGAAGAAUUCAGAGGCAAAUCUCAUUAGAUAUGUCUUCCUUUUCCUUCCUUUUACUGAAGAAUUGAUGCACACUGUAUCAGAGAAACAUCUUGAUAUAUUUAUAUUUGGACGGAUAAAGCAAAAAAAAAUUUCUGAUCUUGAUAUAUUUCAUUUAAUAAUUG